CCAGUUUCCCAAUGGUGCAGCUUGAUGACGGACACACACACCCAGGGGACGUACGUUAAACCUGGUCGUCCAAAGCAACUUUUUUUCUUCUUCCACGAACUAUCGUCACACGGCGGUGCAUUGUCAGCUCCCAGAGUAAGAAUCCCACCAACAACUUCGACGGUUUUUCCAACACAAACCCCUUCCCAGCCAUCAUGUCUUUGUUUACAUGAGUCCCAAGCUUCCUUGACAUCCCUACUCCCCCACCCCUCCCCAUCUAUUUCCAUCAUACCACCCCCCCACCCGGUGAUCUCUGGUCAUGAUGAGCAUCCUGCACCAGCAACAUCAUGGGAGCACCGGCUCGGAGCGCGACCUCAACUCAGCCGCCUCCUCCAUCAGCCUGCCCUCUGUCAGGAAGACCCCCAAGAAGCGCCGCCUCUCCCUGCAGGCGCUUUUCGGACGCCGGCGGCGAUCCGAGCGCGACGCCAAGCGCAAGUCCAGAGCGGCGCUGGAUCCCCCCGGCCCCGUCAGCGUGGACAGCGCCCCGCCAGAGGCUUUGGCCGACAGGACGUCGGCGCACUCUGUGCAGGGUGCGGCGUCAACGUCCUCGGCGGCGGGGUCCUCUGAGCUGCUGGAGUGCCCGCUGUGCCUGCUCCGGCACACGCGCGACCGUUUCCCCGAUAUUAUGACAUGCCACCACCGCUCAUGUGCCGACUGCCUACGCCAGUACCUGCGCAUUGAGAUCUCCGAGUCACGAGUCAACAUCUGCUGCCCCGAGUGUUCGGAGCGCUUCAACCCGCAUGACAUUGCCAUGAUAUUGGCUGACCGUGCCCUCAUGGAGAAGUAUGAGGAGUUCAUGCUGCGCAGGUGGCUGGUGGCCGAGCCCGACUGCCGCUGGUGCCCCGCUCCUGACUGCGGUUACGCCGUCAUCGCAUUCGGCUGCGCCAGCUGCCCGAAGAUCACAUGCGGCCGCGAGGGCUGCGGGACGGAAUUCUGCUACCACUGCAAGCAGCUGUGGCAUCCCAACCAGACGUGCGACACGGCGCGGCAGCAGCGGGCACAGCAUUUCCGCCUGCGCGGUUUCCGCUCUUCGUCACUCAGUUACAGCCAAGAGAGUGGUGCUGCUGGUGACGACAUCAAGCCGUGCCCGCGCUGUGCCGCCUGCAUCAUCAAGAUGAACGACGGUAGCUGCAAUCAUAUGACGUGCGCCGUCUGUGGCUGCGAGUUCUGCUGGCUCUGCAUGAAGGAGAUCUCUGACCUGCACUAUCUCAGUCCAUCCGGUUGUACCUUCUGGGGGAAAAAGCCGUGGAGCAGAAAGAAGAAAAUCCUCUGGCAGCUGGGCACCUUAGUGGGUGCACCCGUGGGCAUCGCCCUCAUAGCAGGCAUCGCAUUCCCCGCUAUGAUAAUUGGCAUUCCAGUUUACGUGGGCAGAAAGAUCCAUAAUCGCUAUGAGGGCAAAGACGUCUCGAAGCACAAGAGGAACUUGGUGAUUGCGGGCGGUGUGACACUGUCUGUCAUCGUGUCACCCGCAGUGGCAGCUGUGACUGUUGGCAUCGGCGUGCCUAUCAUGCUGGCGUACGUCUACGGCGUGGUGCCCAUCUCGCUUUGCCGGAGUGGCGGCUGCGGCGUGUCAGCGGGCAGCGGCAAAGGCGUGCGAAUCGAGUUUGACGACGAGAAUGAAAACAUGGGUGGCGGUGCAGCAGCGACAGACACUACGUCGGUGGCCGAGACGAGACUAAACAACGGCAGCCUGGGAGACGGCGCCAGCGUGGGCGGCCUGACGGGCCUGAGCCUCAGCGUGAGCGGCAGCCACAUGGAGCGCUGUGGCGUUGGCUCGGCGCAACGCGACAACAUGAGUGACAACGCCAGCACAACCGCCCUCGCUGGCACGAGCAUCACCGGCAGCCUGUCAGGCAGUUGCUACAACAGGAUGGAGGUGCAGGCAGAUGUCCAGAAGGAGCGCUGCAGUCUUAGCGGAGAGUCGGCCACCGUCAGCCUCGGCACCAUGAGCGACAACGCCAGCACCAAGGCGAUGGCGGGCUCCAUCCUCAGUGCCUACAUGCCUCUAGAAAGAGACAACAGUCUGGAGGUGCAAGCAGACGUGGAGUCCAAAGAGGAGAAGUUGCGACACUGCAGUGCCAGUAGCAGCCUGGAUGAAGCCAGCUGCAGCAGUAAAAGCGUGGGCGGCAGCCACCCCAGGGAGUUGUCGACCUCCUUGGCGGGUAGCAAGAAUAACAAAGGGAAACUGUGGAAACGCGGCGGAGGCAAGGCGGAGUCCAAAGUCAACCACACGCACGCAGACGCAGAGCGCCGCAGCACCAUCUCGUCCGAGUUGGAUUCGCCGUCGCUAAGCGGCAGCCUGCCAUCGGUGGCCGACUCGCACUGCAGCCGCCUGUCCGCUGAGCUCAGCGAGACGGAAGCGCUCAAGGCGGUGGAGCUGAGCGAUGGGCCGGCCGUCACGCCGCUGCCCGAGGUGGAGCACGACCGCCUGGAGCAGCUGCCGCCUCAGCGCAGCCACGCCGCCGCCGCCGCCUUCAGCCACCGCCCCACGUCUUCGCUUAGCGAGGUUCUGUAUAUUGCCGAAGACGCCGCCCCCGCCGACACUCGUGACUGCACCACAACAGACAUCUAAAAACAACAACAACAAAAAAAAAACCUCACGAACUGUCUGUCUUAAGUCUCGUUCUGGAAAACAGGAAGCGGAAUGUCAGCGUUGAUGGCGAAGGGCGGGAGGAUUUAAAUUGGUAAUCCGAAGGUCAACUUGAAUGUACGCGUGCAAGUAAGGCGCUCACUCGAGAAAAGCAAAGGUGGAGAUUAAACCAACAAAAAGAAAGAA